AACAAUAUUAAUUCCAGUCUCUUAUCUUCUUUCUUGCCCGGUGGAAAUGCCAUGACCAUGUUGGCUUGUUCCUGGAGAUUAGUUCCCCUUGCUCAUAGUUCAUUCUUCCGAAUUCUGUUUAUUUCUUGCUCUCGUUUCUUACGCAUCUUAAUUGCUUGAUCAGUUCCACUUUACAACUGAUAUUUAAGAGAAAACCCUAUCAAAAAUAUAUACACGAUUGGUAAUUAACUGUCUAAAGAAACAGAUACAGCAUUUUUUUAUUACGUUGACCUGAAAAAUUUGAAGUAACGUUUGUUGUGAAAAGGAAGAAAUUCAGUUGAAGCUGUCAUUGUCCACUCUGACUCGUUGACUGUCUCUGUCUAUAUUACUAUAAAAUCACAUGAAAUUGGCUAAAAAGUAUUUUUUUUACUUUUAAAGAAUCACCAAUAUGUAUCAUGUUCGAAAGACUCUGCAAAGAUGUUCUACAAACGUAUAACCAGGCUUCUAUAAAACGUUGCUGAAUUACAGUAAAAUCUUUCCUCUGAGAGAAUUAUAAUGAAAGUGAGAUUUGUUUGAAAUAAACUAUAAAAAUAGAAAGAAAAAUAUUUUGGUGAGAAAAGACCUUCUUGGAAAAUUACUGACAUAUAAAACUUAAAGGAUUGAUUUUAUUUUUCCUGAAGAGAUGACAGAAGAAUUAGGAAAAUCCUCACAUGACUGUGACAUCUUUAAAAAGUCAUUCUCAGAAGAAAGUAAAUUCAAUGAACAGAAACGAAUUCAUAGAGGAGAGAAACAACAUCAUUGUGAUAUCUGUGGUAAAUCAUUCUCUUGCAAAAGAAAUUACACUACUCACAAACAUGUACAUGCAGGGGAGAAACCAUAUCACUGUGAUAUCUGUGGUAAAUCAUUCUCUGGAAAUGAAUAUUUAACUACACAUACACGUAUUCAUACAGGAGAAAAACCAUAUCGCUGCAAUAUCUGUGGUAAAUCAUUCUCCCAGAAAACUAAGGUAAAUACUCACAAACGUGUUCAUACUGGUGAGAAACCAUAUCACUGUGAUAUCUGUGGUAGAUCAUUCUCUCAAAACACCAACCUAACUGCUCAUAAAUGGGUUCAUACAGGGGAGAAACCAUAUCACUGUACUAUCUGUGGUAAAUCAUUCUCUAUUGACAGUAGCUUAAUUAGACACAAGCGUAUUCAUACAGGGGAGAAACCAUAUCACUGUGAUAUCUGUGGUAAAUCAUUCUCUUGCAAUGAAUAUUUAACUACACAUAAACGUAUUCAUACAGGAGAAAAACCUUAUCGCUGCAAUAUCUGUGGUAAAUCGUUCUCCCAGAAAACUAAGGUAAAUACUCACAAACGUGUUCAUACUGGUGAGAAACCAUAUCACUGAUAUCUGUGGUAAAUCAUUCUCUACAAAUCAUCAUUUAACCCAACACAAGCGUAUUCAUACAGAAGAGAAACCAUAUCACUGUGAUAUCUGUGGUAGAUCAUUCUCUCAAAACACCAACCUAACUGCUCAUAAACGGGUUCAUACAGGGGAGAAACCAUAUCACUGUGAUAUCUGUGGUAAAUCAUUCUCUACAAAUCAUCAUUUAACCCAACACAAGCGUAUUCAUACAGAAGUGAAGCCAUACCACUGUGAUAUCUGUGGUAAAUCAUUCCCUAAUGGUAGUAACUUAAAUCAACACAAACGUACUCAUACAGGUUAGCAAAACCAUAAUUUAACUAAACACAGGCAUAUACAUACAGAAAAUCAUCGCUGAAUUAAACACAAGUGCAUUCCUUAUUAAUUGGAUUCAUAGCACAGUGAUGUUUGUUCACUACAAUCAUCAUCGUCGCCAUCAUUUAAUAUCCACUUUUCCUUAAAUCUAUGGAUCAGAUGGGAUUCAUUGAUGGAGAUUUUCUGCAGCUGGAUGCCAAUCCUCACUUGUUUCCAAGCAAGGAAAUAUUUUCCAUGGUGAGACAUAUUUUAUGCAGAAGACUUGAAAUGAACAGCUGCAUUUAUAUGACAAUGAUGGUCAUUUACUAGUAUCAUGUGAUAUCUAGUGAAGGGUACAUACACACACAUCUAUAAAUAUAUACAUAUUUAAAAAGCAUCUAUUAUGCUCUUGGAGUGGUUGGCAUUAGGAAGAGCAUCCAGUCAUAUACACACUGCCAAAUCAGGGUGCAACUUGGUGCAUUUCUCUGGCUUGCCAGUUCCAGUUGAACUGUCUAACCCAUACCAGCAUGGAAAGUGAACAAUAAAUGAUGAUGUAUGUACGAAUAAUUUCUAAUAAGAGAUAUCUGACAUGUUUCCUUCCUGUAUAUAUAAAAUUUUGUAAUUCCUGUUCGCAAAUGAAACACAUGUAAUGAUGAAUAAAUAAUUCCAAAACCUUUUUUUAA